AUGGGUAACAAGGGAAGUACAGGAAAUAUAAGUGAUGCAGAACUUGCUGCACUUAAAGCCAAUUCAAAUCUUAGUGAACAAGAAAUUCGUGAAAUGUAUUUGGAAUUUCAAAAAGGAGGUGGAGGUGAUGGAAAAAUAACAAAACAAGAAUUUAGUAAAUAUUAUAAAAAAUCUGUUGGAAUUGAUGAUAAAAAUGGAAUCUUAGCUGAUAAUACAUUUGCAGCAUUUGAUUCGAAUCAUGAUGGAUCGAUCAGUUUUACUGAAUUCACUUUUGCAAUUCUUGCACAGAAUAAAACUGAUUUAGAUAGUAUUUUGAACUUCUCAUUUGAAGUAUUGGAUACAUCGGGAGAUGGACACGUCAGUUUUGAUGAAUUGAAAAAUUAUAUGGAAAAGGCGAUGAUUUUGGCUGUUGGACAGGAAGAAGCGGCAACAGUUGAUUCAAAUGAAUCGACUCAAGCGCUUUUCAAAGAAUUCGGUCUUAAUCAAACACAAAAAUUAAACAAACAACAAUUUAUCGAAGGAUGUAAAAAGAACAAAGAACUUGCAAAUAUGUUCACUGGAAAUGAAUAA